UUGCAUGAUCUCUCUCAACUGUUCUAACAGACAGAGAAACAGAGAAGAUACAGAUUGGGAAGGAUGAUGGUGGAUCUGAGUUCCUUCUCCGACGAGAAAUUCGACCCGAAAAAAUGGAUAAACGAAGUGUUUCAGUCACGGCAUCCACAGGAUCCAGUGGACAAACACCUAGUGGAUCUGGAAAUGAAGCUUCAGAUGGUUUCCGAAGAGAUCGCCGCUUCCCUUGAGGAGCAAAGCGCCGCCGCACUCCUCCGUGUUCCCCGCACCACUCGCGAUGUCAGCCGCCUCCGUGAUGAUGCUCUCACCCUUCGCUCCGCUCUCUCCGCCAUCCUCCUCAAGCUUAAAAAGGCUGAGGGAUCAUCUGCUGAAUCUGUAGCUACACUUGCAAAAGUUGAUGCUGUCAAGCGCAGAAUGGAAGCUGCAUAUGAGACUUUGCAGGAUGCUGCUGGUUUAACUCAACUAAGCUCAACAGUGGAGGAUGUAUUUGCCAGUGGUGAUCUUCCUCGAGCUGCAGAAACUCUGGCUAAUAUGAGUCACUGCUUGGCUGCCGUUGGAGAGGUUGCGGAAUUUGCUAAUAUUAGGAGGCAGCUUGAAGUUCUAGAAGAUAGACUAGACUCAAUGGUCCAACCUCGACUAACAGAUGCUCUAAGCAAUCGAAAGGUUGAUGUUGCCCAAGAAAUGCGUGCUAUUCUACUGAGAAUUGGGAGAUUCAAGUCCUUAGAGCUGCACUACACCAAGGUCCACAUCAAGCCAAUAAAGCGGCUUUGGGAAGAUUUUGACUUGAGGCAGCAGGCUAAUAAAGUUGCAAAUGAGAAAAGUGAAACAGAAAGACUAUCAAAUGCUCAGGAUUUUCAUUCAUCCAUGAUAUCAUUCUCAAGUUGGCUGCCUAAUUUCUACGAUGAAUUGUUGCUUUAUCUUGAACAGGAGUGGAAGUGGUGUAUGCUUGCCUUUCCAGAAGAAUUCAGAACUCUUGUACCAAACCUACUAAUUGAAACAAUGUCAGCUAUUGGUAUGAGCUUUGCAUCACAGAUUAACCUUGCCACUGGGGAUGCUGUGCCAGAGACAAAAGCCUUGGCUAAAGGUAUAAUCGAUAUCUCAAAUGGAGAUUUGCCAAAAGGUGCCAAGAUUCAGACUAAACAUUUGGAGGCCCUAAUUGAACUUCAGAGUACAACAGGGAGCUUUGCUAGGAACAUUCAACACCUGUUUUCAGACGCUGAUCCACAAGUUCUGUCGGAUGCUCUGAAGGCAGUCUUCCUUCCUUAUGAAUCUUUCAAACGGCGAUAUGGACAAAUGGAGCGUGCAGUUCUCUCUGGUGAGAUUGCAGGCCUUGAUCUCAGAGGAGCUGCUGUUACUCUUGCGGGAGUCCAGGGAGUUGAACUUAGUGAAACUGUACGAAGGAUGGAAGAGUCAAUUCCACACGUCAUUUUGCUUCUUGAAGCAGCAGUUGAAAGAUGCAUCAACUUUACUGGUGGUUUUGAGGUGGAUGAGCUAAUUCUUGUGCUGGAUGAUGUUAUGCUACAAUACAUUUCCACUUUGCAGGAGAACCUAAAAUCAUUGAGAGCUGUUUGUGGACUUGAUAUGGAUGCUAUUAGUACAAAGAAAGACUCAGCAGAAAGAAGGGAAGCAGCUCCAAAUGCACGUAAAGUUGACUUCACAUCAAGUGAGGAGGAAUGGUCAUUUGUUCAAGGUGCACUGCAGAUCCUCACCGUUGCUGAUUGUUUAACCAGUAGAUCUUCAGUCUUUGAAGCUUCCCUCAAGGCUACUCUUGCUAGGUUGAGUACAAGUCUCGCUUUCUCAGUUUUUGGGUCAAGUGUUGAUCAGAACCAACCAGAUAUAGUCAAUGAUGAUGGAAGUGGGCAAUUAUCUGUUGCUCGAAGGGCGGUCUUGGAUGUGGCAGCUGUGAGUCUAUUGGAUACUCCUGAGAAGGCUCGGAAGCUUCUUAAUUUGUUGGAGCAGUCUAAAGAUCCCAGGUUCCAUGCACUUCCAGUAGCAUCACAACGAGUUACGGCUUUCACAGACGCAGUCAAUGAGCUUGUUUAUGAUGUUCUCAUAUCAAAAGUACGGCAGCAGUUCAUUGAUCUGUCACGCCUGCCCAUAUGGUCAUCGGUUGAAGAACAUAGUGCUCGGCCCCUUCCAACCUUCAGUGCAUACCCCCAGUCUUAUGUGACUGGUGUUGGUGAAUAUCUCCUUACUUUACCCCAACAGCUAGAGCCACUUGUAGAGAAUAUUUCCAACAGUGAUCCCAAUGCUGAUGAGGCCCAGUACUUUGCAACUGAAUGGAUGUUUAAGGUUGCUGAAGGUGCCACCGCACUUUACAUGGAACAGCUUCGAGGGAUCCAGUAUAUAACAGAUCGUGGAGCACAGCAGCUUUCUGUCGAUAUAGAGUAUCUAAGCAAUGUACUUUCAGCUCUAUCAAUGCCAAUUCCUACAGUUCUUGCCACAUUCCAGACAUGUUUUUCAACACCUAAAAAUCAGCUCAAGGAUCUAAUAAAAACAGAUUCAGGGAAUCAGCUUGAUCUUCCUACUGCUAAUCUUGUCUGCAAGAUGCGUCGUAUCAGUUUAGAAUAAUGACUACUUCUUAGUCAUGCUGUUACAGGAAUUGACCAAAACCAGACCCAUUUGUCGUAGAGAGUUUGUUUUCCUUUUUCUUCGUAGAUAAUACUUGAGCCGAGGGUCUCCCAGAAACAACCUUUCUAUUCCUUCGGGGUAGGGUAAGGUCUGCGUACAUUCUACCCUCUCCAGACCCCACUAGUGGGAUUUUACUGGGUGGUGGUUGUUGUUCAUAGAUAACGCUUAUGUUUACUUUCAAGUCCUUGAUAAAGUUUUUUACAAGUGCAGCUCUAGAGCUAUAUGUGAAAGAUAAACAUAGUGCGAGUUGGAUCUUAAUUUUGUC